AUGUCAAGGUCCGCAACACCCGCGUUGCCGCUGCAUAAUGCACAAACGUCCGACUCGCCGCGACCCUCGUCCACAAAUCCCUCAAAUGGGCGGCCGGAUGUUCCAUCAUCGACUUCAACCUCCACAUACUCGUUGCUCGAACCUUACGAAACCGCCGAACGAUUACAUACCUCCCUGUUACAUGGAUUGGCUCCUGCAGAAGCGGAGAUUCGACUAGCCCGCGAUGGCCCCAAUGAACUCCCUCAUGAAGAACCGGAGCCUAUAUGGUUACGGUUCUUAAAGCAGUUCAAAGAGACACUCAUUUUGCUUCUUUUGGCUUCUUCGGGAAUUUCCUUUAUAAUGGGAAACUAUGACGACGCUAUCAGUAUUACUCUGGCAGUUACAAUUGUAGUCACAGUCGGCUUUGUACAGGAAUAUCGGUCGGAAAAGUCUUUGGAGGCUUUAAAUCGUCUCGUACCGCAUUUUGCUCACCUCAUUCGCGAUAUCCCCACAAACAAUAGUGCUGCUAACAACCCAGCCCAUGUGUCACCCAAUCGUCGAGAUGAGUUUGAAGAACUUCGGGCCAAAAGCCCGGGAGCCACAUCUGCAGCCUUGAAGGCAUCCACGACCGUUCCCGCCGUUGAUUUGGUAGCUGGUGACUUGGUGCUCUUCUCAACUGGAGACCGUAUCCCAGCCGAUAUUCGGAUUACAAACGCGACAGAUCUCAGCAUUGACGAAUCUAACUUGACCGGCGAAAAUGAGCCUGUUGUCAAAUAUGCAGAGGCUCUUCGCACCAGUAAUGCUAGCGCCGCCAAGGCUUUAAAGGCGGCUAGUCCUCGGGAUUCACCAUUCUAUGAUGCACCUGCGACUGGAGCUGUUGGCGCUGAUAUUCGGUUAAAUGAACAGCAUAACAUUGCUUUUAUGGGUACUCUGGUUCGCUCGGGAUACGGACAAGGAGUUGUGAUCUCUACUGGCGCAAAGACCGAGUUUGGAAACAUUUCUGCCUCUCUUCAAGAAAUCGAAAGCCCUCGAACUCCACUACAAUUAUCUAUGGAUCGAUUGGGUCAGGAAUUGAGUUAUAUUUCGUUCGGUGUUAUUGGUCUGAUUAUGGUCAUUGGUUUGCUUCAAGGCCGUAAAGUCUUGGAGAUGUUCACGAUUGGCGUGUCACUCGCCGUCGCAGCUAUUCCAGAGGGCUUGCCCAUCAUUGUUACAGUGACUCUUGCUCUUGGUGUACUUCGUAUGGCCAAGAGAGGGGCUAUUAUGCGCAGACUUCCUAGUGUGGAAACUCUAGGUUCUGUGAAUGUGGUCUGCAGUGAUAAGACCGGAACUCUUACAAUGAACCACAUGACCGUCACCAAAAUGUGGCAUUUUGACUGCGACGAAGCAUUCGAGGUACAAAGGGACAUGGCUUCGGUGGUUUCACCGGGACCAGCAGCACGCACUAUCCUCCGGGUGGGCAAUAUCGCAAACAAUGCUCGUCUCUCGCGCACUCAUGCAAACUCUCCCGCAAACGCUGCUUCGGCGGCAAUCCUGUCCUCAACUGUUGAUCGAGAUUCGAGCGCUGUGAAGAGCCGAUGGGUUGGCCAGCCGACUGAUGUCGCCAUUUUGGACUUGUUGGAUACUCUGGGCGAGGAUGAUGUCCGUGACCGAAUUAGUGCCCGUGUGUCCGAAACGCCAUUUAGCUCUGAGCGAAAAUGGAUGGGCGUCAUUAUUGGUAGCCCUGGUGAGACUCAUGGAGGUUCUGAUAUGGCUUAUAUCAAGGGUGCUCUUGAGCAAGUCCUGGCUCGCUGCGAUACAUACUUGACCAAGGAUGGACGGGAAAUCAUCCUGGAUGAAACCCGGCGCAAGAUUAUCCGAGACGCUGCAGAGCACAUGGCAUCCGAGGGUCUUCGCGUCCUUGGCUUUGCCAGUGGAGCUGUUCGCGAUGCCUCUCGAGGCAUGAAAGGAUUUGGAAGCCGAUCAGGAACCCCGGUAUCCAAAUCCAGCCCCAAAGAUGAUGAUGAUCGUUAUAACGGCUUAGUCUUCGCGGGUUUGGUCGGCAUGAACGAUCCUCCUCGCAAAGAUGUCCAUAGGUCAAUUCGCCGUCUUAUGAAUGGCGGAGUCAGAGUUAUUAUGAUCACUGGUGAUGCUGAGACAACUGCAGUGGCUAUCGCAAAGAAACUUGGAAUGCCAGUCAAUGAACACUCAGGGGCACGAUCAGUCAUUCGUGGUGAUGAACUCGACCAUAUGUCUACUGCUGAGCUCUCUCAAGCGAUCGCCACUACUUCCAUCUUUGCUCGCACCAGCCCGGAUCACAAGAUGAAGAUCGUGAAGGCAUUACAAGCCCGUGGCGAUGUGGUCGCCAUGACUGGUGAUGGUGUCAACGACGCUCCUGCUCUGAAGAAGGCUGAUAUUGGUAUUUCUAUGGGCCGACUCGGCACUGACGUGGCUAAGGAGGCAGCAGACAUGAUUUUGACGGAUGACGAUUUCUCGACUAUUCUCCGAGCCAUUGAACAAGGCAAGGGAAUCUUUUAUAAUAUCCAAAACUUCAUUACAUUCCAGCUGAGCACCAGUGUGGCUGCACUCAGUCUGGUAUUACUCAGCACUACUCUCGGUUUCAAGAACCCCUUGAAUGCCAUGCAAAUUCUAUGGAUCAAUAUUCUCAUGGAUGGACCGCCUGCGCAAUCACUCGGUGUUGAACCCGUCGACCCCACAAUCAUGAACCGCCCUCCACGAGCCAAAUCAGCCCGUGUAUUGACAAGACCCCUCAUCCAACGAGUCCUCACAUCCGCCAUGGUCAUCAUGCUCGGCACACUCGCAAUCUACAUCCACGAAAUGGGCGACAUAACCGAUGGCCAAUCCAUCGAUAAACGAUCUCGCACCGUCACCGCCCACGACACCACGAUGACAUUCACUUGCUUUGUCCUCUUCGACAUGUUCAAUGCAUUAACCUGUCGCAGCGAAGGCAAAUCCGUUCUCCGAGGCGAAAUUAAACUCUUCGGCAACAAAAUGUUCAACUACGCUGUUCUUGGCUCAUUAGCCGGACAAGCUUGUGUCAUUUAUCUUCCUUUCCUGCAACGGGUUUUCCAAACCGAACCCCUCAGCUUUGGAUCUUUGAUUAAGCUUGUUAUCCUUGCAAGCUCUGUAUUUUGGGUUGACGAAGGUCGUAAGUACUACUAUGCACUUCGUCGAAGGGGUGGCCUUGGUGUUGGAUAUAGCGUCAAUGUCUGA